CGAGCGAACUCACUAGGAAAGCAGCUCCAGAGGCGGAAGAGCCGGUUUCCCGGUCAUGGCCCCGUUGCUUGUAUUGCUCCUGGCCGGGGUGGCACUUGCUUCUCGGGGUGACCGGGAGCCUGUGUACCGGGAAUGUGUCACAGCCUGCGAGCAGAGGAACUGCACCGGGGCCGGACUGCAGGAUUUCCGGGCUGAGCAGCCCCUGUACAUGAGGAUGACUGGAUGGGUUUGCCUGGAUGACUGCAGGUAUCAGUGUAUGUGGGACACUGUGUCCCUGUAUAUCAGAGAAGGAUAUGCUGUGCCCCAAUUUCAUGGCAAGUGGCCGUUCUCCCGAUUCCUGUUUUUCCAGGAGCCAGCAUCUGCCCUGGCCUCCUUCCUUAAUGGCAUUGCAAAUCUUGUGAUGCUGAGGCGUUACCGAUCCUCGGUUCCCGCCACGUGCCCAAUGUACCAAACAUGCCUCAAUUUUGCUAUGGUCUCCAUAAAUGCCUGGUUCUGGUCCACCAUUUUCCACACCAGAGACACUGCGAUUACUGAGAAAAUGGACUACUUCUGUGCCUCGGCAGUCAUUCUGCACUCCAUCUACCUUUGCUGUAUGAGGACUCUAGGUCUUCGAUACCCUUCGGUUGCCAGUGUUUUUGGUGCUCUCCUGGUCCUUCUAUUUGCGUGCCAUGUAUCUUACUUGACCCUUGGACGGUUUGACUAUAGUUACAACAUGCUAGCAAAUGCUAGCUUUGGCAUGGUCAACCUAGUGUGGUGGCUUGUAUGGUGCUUGAGGAGACAUUCUCACCAGCCUUACCUCUGGAAAUGUGUCCUGGUGGUUGUCUUGUUACAAAGCCUGGCGCUUCUGGAAUUACUAGAUUUCCCUCCUGUCCUGUGGGUACUGGAUGCCCAUGCCCUCUGGCAUUUCAGCACCAUCCCUCUAAACAUUCUUUUCUACAGUUUCUUGACGGAUGACAGCUUAUAUCUUCUGAAGGUGAACUCUGUACAGAAACUGGACUAGACUUGGAAGAAUUCCUGAAUUUGGGUCCUCCACUCUCUCGUGUCUCUCGUCUGCUGAAUCGGGAUUUUAAGUGACCAUGAUAUACCAUUGUAUUUCCCUCUCCGAGAGUGGGAGUCUCUGAAGUGCCUUAUUGCUGUUGUGAAAGUGACUGUGACAUGAGUCUGGUACCCAGUGCAGUCAGUAUCCAUUUUCUGUGUGACUUAUCUCGCGUUUGUCAUUGGAGUAUAUUUUGCCCACUGCUGUGACUUCAGGGUCUCACACCAGUCUUACAGGAAAUCUGCAGUAGAUGGCAGAUCUGUCAAGCUUGUCAUUGUCAUUUCUGCUUCUAAUAUACAAACCUGCACUUUCUAUAUUAUUUUUAUAUAUUUAUAUAUAUAUAUUGUGUCCCAGUUAUUUGGUAGACAGUACAUCAUCAUCUGUAAACUGUUAAAUCAACAAGGGGCAAGAAUGUAAUUGUCUUGCAUGUAUAUAUUUCAGUUAAAAUCUAAAGUUUACUUAUUGCUAUAUACAAAGUUAGAUCAUUGAAGGUCUAAACAGUGGGACCCCAACUGGUCAUGAAUACAUUUAUCACUUGCCCCCUGUUCUGUUAUCAGGCAGUGAUUAGAUGAAUGUAGCAGAGCCCGCUCAGCUCUUCUCGUAUCGCCAAUACACUGUAAUUUGCCCCGCAGCAUGAAUGGAUACAUUUUACUUCUAUACAUCUUCUGGCCUCAUUAUAGAGAAUAGGUAAUAUGGGGAACCAAUUUUUGUUAAUGAUGGAGAUCCCAAGGCUAGACCCCCGUAUGUAACAUUUUAUCCCCUAUAUUGUAGGUAUAUAAUAAAUACCGGUACCCUUUGGGAAAAGCCAGCAGCAGUGUAUAUGAUUUCUCAAUAUGUUUAAUUGGUGAUCGUUUCCUAAGAAUCUUAAUAAUCAUAUAAACUGCUGCUGCCAUCUUUAAGGGUAUAAUUGAUAGACUGUGAGUUUGUGUCAGAAAUUUCUGUGAGUGAAAAUCAAUGUCAUACAUCUGAAUAGGACAGUCUUAGAAAUUUCUAUAACAAGUUUCCCAUAUGUGAAUAUAUUUUAAAGGCGGUGUCUCUUCCUGCUUUGGCACUUAGAGGGGGAUCCUGAGCUAGGGGGUGUACACAGGUUAAUGUCGUGUGAUAACCCCUUUUAAUUUUGCUUAGAGAAAGUACUCUUUAAGCCUCGAGAUGUAUAACCAAAUGGUCUGGGUGAGUCCAGACUCUGUUUCCCAUUUUUCUGACUUUUUCAUGUAAUCUUUGUUUUUCUCUAUGGUUUUAGUCCUGUGUAUUUCACAUUAAUUCAGGCUGCAUGAUGUAAUAUAAUCAGGAGUAAUGCAGUUUAUUCCAGCAUGUGCAAACUCUUUAAUUGUGCCAUUGAAUAUAAAGUGCCCUUAGGUACUUAAACAUAUUGUGAGUUGUAACCAGUAAUUGGUAGAUGGCCCAAUAUUCCAGCAGUAAUGACCCAUUUAUAAAUAUAUACAAAUACACGGGCAAAUUAACAAAUUAAAGGGGCUGUCCAAGAUCAUAAAAAAAAUGGUCUGACCUUUUUGUUCCAUUAACAGUAACACUCUUGUAUAAAUGUACUUUCACACUUGCGUUUUUCUUUUCCGGCAUUGAGUUCCGUCACAUGGGCUCUAUACCGGAAAAGAACUUAUCAGUUUUAUCCCCAUGCAUUCUGAAUGGAGAGCAAUCCGUUCAGGAUGUCU